UGUGUUCACAAAUGUAGCCGGAAUCUUCUCGUGUAACUCUCGUGUACCACCAUCUGGAUGCGUGUGAAUUUCCAACACUGAGAUCUGUCAACGUGAGGAGUUAGUCACCAUGAAACGUCUAUAUAUCGGUGGCCUGAGCCACACCAUCACUCAAAAGGAUCUGAAAGACAGAUUUGGUAAAUUUGGUGAUGUCCAGGAUGUGGAACUCAGGACCAGGAGAGAUGAUGAAGGAGUGCCUUAUAAAACCUUUGGAUAUAUCAAUUUAGAAAUUACUGAUGCUGAUUUUAAGAAAUGUAUGACUGUGCUGAACAAGACCAAAUGGAAAGGUGGAACAAUACAAAUUGAGCAGGCCAGAGAAACCUUCUUACACAAAUUAGCUCAGGAGCGUCAUGAAGCUGCAGAGAAGAUCAAGUCACCAAUCGUCAACCACAAAGUCAAACUAGUGGAGUCUAUGAAGGAGGCGGGAGUGGAGAACUUCCAUAUGAAAGCAGCCGUUCCUGGGACAGAGAUACCUGGGCACAAGGAUUGGGUUGUGAGUAAAUUUGGACGAGUCCUCCCAGUUCUUAAUCUGAAGUGCCAAGGAAGGAACAAAUUCAUCAAGUAUGAUCCGUCGAAACACAGCCACAACAUCAAGAAACUAGAGAGUUCAGCUGAGGUCCCAGACCCGACGCCCGUGUCCCAACUGACGUGGGAAAUAUCAGGCGGAGACAACGACAUCAGUAAGAAGAGAAGAGGAGAGUUCCCWCCACAGAAAAAAACACCACCUGCUAAAAAGAAGAAAGACAGAACGACGAACCAAGUCGUUGCAAAUGGACAGUCCGACAGUGUGACGUCCUGUGGUCCCUCGGAGAAAAGUUCAACGGUUCAGAAGUCUAACGGAGAAACCAGACCUCCAACUAAACCUAAACAGACACCGGCUUCUAAGAAACUCCACRCACAAACCUCUGUGUGUGUUUUUGACAGUGGCGAUGACUCCGACGGUGCCGUUAGGAUGUUGGCACAACGGAGUGCACCGGCGGACGGCCCGGUAGUAGACGAGGAUGAAGACAACCUGGAGGUGGUAGGCGAUAACUACAUACCCAGAACAUUCUUUACGCAGCACAGGAUUAAAGAUGUCUGCCAGCUUCCAGGUGAGUCUUCUGGGAAGAACGAGGAGGAUUAUGACUCRGCUGAUACGGAUGAGAUCCUCAACUCCAGGAAAACACCCAGCGGUACCAAGCAGGACCAACUGCCUGAGGUCAGGAAAACACAGGAGAAAGCUGAGGUGAAUAAGCGAACCAACAACCUGGAAACAGACAGAACCCAAGCAAAAAAGGCUAACAAAGUCCUCCCCAAAAAGGCUGUGAAGAAAGUCUUCCCUAUAAAGAAAGCAGAGAGUGAUAGUGGUGAUGGUGAGGAUGAUGACUCGGAAGAAGAGAGUGAAAAAUCCAACUCUUCAAAAGCCAAAAGGACUUAUAACGUCCUCCCUAAGAAAAAGGCUAUCGAGAAAUCCACCACCCCUUCAGAAUCUGAUGAUGACUCGGAAGAAGAGAGUGAUUCUCACUCUUCGAAAGCCCAAAAGCCCGGCAAGAAUGUUGUCUCUAAAAAGAAGACCCCUCCUUCAGAAUUAUCAUCUGACGAUAGCGAAUCAAAUGAAGAUACAUCUGAGGCUAGCGCCGAUUCUGAAUACGAAGCCAUGUUUACUAACUGUCAGAGGUUAGAGUUUUCACUGGACGAUCUGCAGCAGCUGGUUAGAGAAUCGUUUUUAAAAGGCUUGGACAAGGACAGCGACGACGACGAUCCGGGAUCCGAUUCGCAACAACCUGGACCAAAUCGUGUGUCUGAGGUGCUGGGAAUAGAACCCCAGGUUACUGCCUCUAAGGCGCCGGUACCGCUGGCUAAGACAGGAAAUGGAAACACACCAGAGGAGAUUCUGGCGGCCAUCUUUGAAGAGGACGACAGUGACGAGGUGAGUGAGAAGAAGAAGAAGAAGGGGAAGAAGAAAACGAAUCCGUCGACAUCUCUUCCUGCUUUCCAGGGGACCACGGUUCUCUUAGCCACGUCAUCACAAAGUGCCGGACAACGCAGUCUAAAAAGACAAGUUGAGGAGGACGGUAAAACGGAGACGUCCACUAAGAAACAGAAACGUGACAGAUUAGUCAAGACUGUGGCAAAACCCUCAGAAACUAAAGGCACAACUCGUCCUCCCCGCAGCUCGGAUAGUGAAGAUACAACCGAGGCACCAGCCCUCAAACUGAAAACUACUUCUAAAGCCAAGGCUGAGAGAACUGUUGAGCCAACAUCCCUCAAACAGAAAACGACUUCUAAAGUCAAGGCUGAGAAGAAGCGUGUCCCAGAGGCUAGCUCUACAUCCAGCAGCAGCAGUGGUUCCUCCAGUCUGGAGUCGGAGCCUAACGCCUCUAGGAGUGUACCCGCUAAAAAGACUCAGAAGACUGAGGUGUCUAAGAAGCCCCAGAGUGCUGGUGCGGUGGUAGACGCUCAGCAGCAGGACAACCAGAAACGUCUAGCCGCUCAGGAACAGAGGCAGAAGGAGGUUGAACUGCAGAAGAAGCUCAUCCAGGAGGCUCUGGCUAAACUGGAUUCASCUGCUAAUGGGAAACACCACAUCAAGUUCAGCUCUGAUGAGGAAGAUGAGGAAGAACAGACUUCCCCCGAACCUCCCAACCCCAAGAAGACACUGUUCCAGAACAGCCAGUCUGAUGAGGAAGACUCUAGUGAUGAAGAAUCAGCCGCUACAGGAAAACCAGGCCUUAAAGACAAGAAAUCUGAGAAGCUGGCGGGCAGCAACCUGUUUGACGACGACGAUGAUGAUGAUGAUGAUGAUGAGGAGAAGAGAGAUGGGGACAGGUUCCAGAUUAAACCUCAGUUUGAAGGGAAAGCUGGAGCGAAGCUCAUGCAACUGCAGUCGAGGUUUGGAACAGAUCAGCGAUUCCAGAUGGAUCACAGGUUUAUUGACAGCGAUGACGAGGAACCAGAGAUAGAGUUGUCUCAGCCGGAGAAAGAGUGUGAAGCUGGUGGAGGAGAAGAAGAAAAGUCUAGACAAAUAUCAGAUAUCUCAGCGUUGCAGUAUGACCCAACCAAAGAGGAGCACGCUGCUUUUGAAACUAAGAAUGACAAGCCCAAGAAAGACAGUAAACUGGCAAGGAAGAAGAAGCGGAAGGAGGCUGAGAAGCUGCCAGAGGUCUCCGGGGAGAUGUAUUACGAUGUGUCCAUGGAUCUGAAGGAGGUGUUUGGAAUCUCCAAGGAGGAGAAAACCGAGGAGGAGGAGGAGGAGAAGAAUGUGGCCUGGGAUAAAGAAGAGGAAGAGACCAGUCAGCCUAUGGCAGUAGAUCCAGUGAUGGUGUCAUCUCACCUAUUAACCAAUGAGGGAGAGGCAUCGUCAGGCUUCAAGUUCUCAUUCUUUGGGGGUGACACGGCAGCCGAAACCAACACUGAAAAAGAGGAGUACCGUAUCGAGACGCUCAAGGGGGCCAAGGUGUCAUGGCAGGUGGACCCUCGUUUCCAGGACAGCAGUGAUGAGGAGGAGGAAGAGGAGGCCAAGGAACAUACUGACAAGCCACUACACCCACACAAGUAA